AUGACAUCUCCCGAGCCCACCACCAAGCAAUGGCUGCAGUCACUGAUCGAACCAGGCCAGCUCCUGGCCUGGGCCAUGACCUAUUACGCCAGAGUCUGCCUCGAAGCCGUCUUCCGCCGCGGUGAACUCCUCGCCCCGCUCCUGCAGACCACCAAACUCCGUGAUGAGGCCUUCGGCCGCUUCUGGGUGGAUUUCAGCUCGAACCGCCCGGACCCCUCCGCCGCCUCGGCCCCAAGCCCAGCAACAGGAACAAGCACAGGCACAGGACCCAUCCAGAACUCAACGGACCUCAUCCCGUCCAUCCUGGCACAGGCAUCGGGCGUCGUGCUCGAUGUCGGCCCCGGCACAGGCACGCAGAUGCCGCUCCUGCGCGGGCCGGCGAUCACCGCGCUGUACGGCGCGGAGCCAUGCGCCGGGCUGCACGCGGCGCUGCGCGCGCGCGCGGACGAGGAGGGCCUCGCGGGGAAGUACACGGUGCUGCCGUGCGGGGCUGCGGCGGCGGAGCUGGUGCCGGAGUUGAGGCGGGUGGGGCUGGUGGCGGACGAGCAGGGCGGGGUGCCAGAGGGGGGCGUGUUCGAUACGAUUAUCUGCGUGCGGGUGUUGUGUUCUGUGGCGGAGGUGGAGAAAACAGUGGGCGAGUUGUAUGCGCUGCUGCGGCCUGGGGGGAAGAUGCUUGUUGUGGAGCAUGUGGUUAAUCCGUGGCGGACGGCCAAGGGGAGUGUGCUGGCGCGGGUGAUGCAGGCGGUGUAUAUGGCGCUGGGGUGGGGGUUGUUCAUUGGGGAUUGUUGCUUGGAUCGGGAUACGGAGCGGGUGCUGCGGGGCGCGGCGCGUGCGGAUGGCGGGUGGGAGUCUGUGGAGCUGGAUCGGUGGUUUGGAAGGUCGCCGUUGGCGUAUAUUUCUGGGGUGUUGGUGAAGAAGAAGAGUGCGUAG